AUGAUUAUACCGCCCGAGAAGACGAGGGGGCCACUCGCCUACCGCUUCAAGCGGGGGUCCAAACUCGUCGUGAGUAAUGCCGCACCUCCUCCAUCGCGUCCAACCGCGACUGUCCGAACUUUCAUGCAUGUUGGUGCUAACCUCCAGGACCUGCCGCCACAGCCGCCCUCGCCCCCCGUCCCUCCCCUCUCGGCGAUUGAUGGGCCCUUCCAGCUCUCAGAGUAUUUGUCGCUCAAGGUCCGACAUGACCCUCAUGACAUCAAGGGUCUCGUCGAGGUGCCCUCGGACAACGCGAAGGCUGCCGAUCGUCACGUCUGGAUCUAUGAACAUCUUCGCCGGAUACCGAUAGACGUCACUCCGCUUCUCACCCAGCUUCAACUGCUGUGCAGUCACGAGACGUGUCCCGAGAUGAAGGCCAACGAGUGGCAGUACCUCUGCGUCGCGCACGGCGGCGAGGGAACGGACAAGUGCUGCGCUAUCGACUACAUCCUCCAUACUCUCGACUCGACGACCGCCUUACUGAACUCCUCCAACUACUUCCCCUCGAGGCUGCAGAUCCCCCACGCCUCGCUUACGCACUUCCCGUCUCUCUUCCGCCGGCUGUCGCGCAUCUUCUCUCACGCAUACUUCCACCACCGCGAGGCGUUUGCGACGUCCGAGGCCGAAACGUCGCUGUAUGCGCGCUUCGCGGCCCUCUGCCAGCGUUACGAACUGUUAGGUGCUGGCUUGCUUCUGAUUCCGCCCGAAGGCUACGAGGUGGUGACGCCCAAUGACGAUUCUGACGACCAUAACGACAAGCACGACAGCUCGGACGAGGAGCCCGAGUCGGCGCACGCUGAUGCCGGAAAUACGACGAGUGUUUUGGACGAGCCGGCCUCAAAUGCCGCGACGACACACGAGAACGCCAACGCCAGUGGCGCCAGCCCCAGCCCUGCCGCCCCCGUCCCAGGCAAUGAGGGAAGCGACGCAGACAAGACUGCGUCUGCGCCGAUCGAGGUCCCGGCCCCCGCCGAGUCUGAGCGGAAAGACGAUUCAAUGGGAGUGGCGGGCGGACGAGGAUCCUUUUCGCCUAACAGGUGGUCUGGGUCCCCCGUGCAGCCGCCCCACAAGGGCAAGCCGGCCCCCGCUCAGGCCUCCGAGUCCCUCAGCCCGCCCAGCACGCGCGCAGCCCUCGACGCUCUCAACGACUCGCCCAAGGUUGAGCCCAAGGUCGAGUCCAAGGUUGUGUCGGGCAAGGGGCGCGGCACGUUAUCGCGCGGCAAGGCGCCGCGCGCGAGCGUCUUUGCGGCGACCGGGCCGGACGCCAACGCCUCGGGCACGUUCUCGACCUCGCCGACGAGCACGGAGAGCGUACUCUCCCCCUCUGUCUUGGGUAUGGCGCGGAAGGAGAGCGUCGAGAGUGCCGUCUUCGUCGGUGACGAGGAGAAGCCUCAGCACGAGGCCGCCGACACUGCCACCGACACUUCUGAGGCUGUUGCCGAUGCGCCGGACACGCACGAGGAGACACCCGCCAACGAUGUCUCUAUCCCAAUCCAGCUCGACCGAGCCGACGAGGCCGUGUCGCCCAAGACGACGACGUCCACGAUCCCCGACAUUCUCGCCGAGGACACGGACGCCUCCGCCGCGCCCACCUCGCCGCCAAAGAUCACCAAGUCGGAGCUCCUGCCGUCGCCGAAGAGCGAGCUGCUCUCUAUCUCGCCGAAGAACACGGCGUCCCCGAAACGCGGAGGCAAGAGUGCGCGCGGUGCGCCUCGCUCGCCGAAGAAGGCCAAGGGCAAGGCGCUGAAAAAGGAAGGAAGCGGCAGUGGAGGCUCGGGCGGGUCGAACUCGCCGGUCCCCACUGAGGAGUAG